AUGGCGGCCGAGGUUGCCAACAGCGCCGCCAAUGGCUCUGGCCCUGACGCCAACCCGCUCUCGACCAUGAUCCGCGAGAACGCUAGAAAAACGAAACUCAUCUACGCCGCCACAGCCACAACUACAGAUGCCUCUGGCACCUCCGGGAGAAAGCGUCUAAAACUCGACCCUGGGCUUGCGUCAGAAGAUCCCGACAUCACCAAGACCGGCCUAUCUCUCCGUCUCCACGCCGAGUACAGCGACGUCCAGACCCUCCCCGAAGCCAUUGCCUCCAAGUUGCCAGCCGGUGGACCACGCAAAAAGAAGGCCAAGCCAGCCAUCGAAGAGGCUCCCUCAAAAUCCGAAGAACAUGCCCGCAAACUCAUCGAGGGUAUCCCACCGAGCAAGUCCGCCGCCGCCAACUCGAAUGCUCUGGUCCUCUCGCGCAGCAAGCCCGGCGCUGGCGCGUCGUCAACCAGACCAAAUGCGCAACGAAACGAGCCCCAAACAAACAGCCUGGCGCGGCGAUCCGACGUGCUGGUACAGCCCAGGCCAGAUUGGCACCCGCCUUGGAAGCUUCUCAAGGUGCUUUCGGGCCAUCUGGGAUGGGUGCGUGCCUUGGCAGUAGAACCGGACAACAAGUGGUUUGCCUCGGGCGCAGGCGACCGCACCAUCAAGAUUUGGGAUUUGGCGUCAGGAGCCUUGAAGUUGACUCUUACCGGACACAUCUCGACGGUUCGCGGAUUGGCCGUGUCACCGAGACACCCAUACCUGUUCUCGUGCGGUGAGGAUAAGAUGGUCAAGUGCUGGGAUUUGGAGACGAACAAAGUUAUCCGACAUUACCACGGCCAUCUCAGCGGUGUUUAUACCCUUGCGCUGCAUCCUACACUGGAUGUUUUGGUAACAGGUGGUCGCGACGGUGUCGCGCGUGUGUGGGAUAUGCGGACAAGAAGCAACAUCCACGUCCUCUCUGGACACACAGGCACAGUAGCGGAUCUUGUCUGUCAGGAGGCCGACCCUCAGGUUAUCACAGCCAGCUUGGACUCGACCGUUCGUAUGUGGGAUCUGGCAGCCGGCAAGACGAUGGGCGUCUUGACACAUCACAAGAAGGGUGUGCGAGCGUUGACGACUCAUCCAACCGAGUUUACGUUCGCAACGGGUAGCACAGGCAGCAUCAAGCAGUGGAAGUGUCCCGAGGGUGCUUUUAUGCAGAACUUUGAGGGGCACAAUGCCAUCAUCAACACGUUAUCCGUGAACGACCAAAACGUCAUGUUCUCUGGUGGCGACAAUGGUUCCAUGAGCUUCUGGGAUUGGAAGUCGGGCCAUCGCUUCCAAGCUCUUGAUACGAUUGCUCAGCCUGGUUCACUUGAUGCUGAGUCGGGUAUCAUGAGCUCGACCUUUGACAAGUCUGGCGCCCGCUUGAUUUGUGGUGAAGCGGACAAGACCAUCAAAAUCUGGGGUGAAGACCUUAGCGCAACACCAGAGUCGCAUCCUCUCGAGUGGAAGCCAACAUUGGCUAAGCGGAAGUUUUAA